GGAAGUGUUGUCACGCGCCGCUCUCCUAAAUUGCGUGGUUGCUAGGUGAGAGAGGCCGCCAAGCCCGGGAGCGGCUGGUGGAGCAGACACGGGGAGGGGAUCCAUUGCCGCCAUAGAACCACGCUGUCCGGUCAAACGGGUGGCAGGUUCCGUCCGAGAACAAGAGCUGCAAUGAGGCAUAUGAACUGGUGUUUGUGGAAUAAGAUCUAAUGCAAUGGCCACUCAUGGCAUCUGCCAGAACAUUGGAGCAUAAUGCAGAGUUUAGACGUGACAGUUAUCAGAAAACUUCUCCCACAUCCAGACAGAUCCAAAGAAUCCAAAAGUAAUAAACCUGUCUCAAAGGUCGCACCUGUUUUGAAGUUGGAGGGGAGUAAUGUUAGUUUGUUGCAUUACUCGCGACCUGUUGACUAUGUGGUUCCUCAUGCCUACUGUUAUCUCUGUGAGCCCAGCAAGAAGAAGACAUUCCUGACCAAGUCUUCUCAAUUGACAGAGCCAAAAUGUUUUAAUGGCAUGCAUGAGACCACGUGGGCUUUCCAUAAAACUUACAAAAAAAUUGGUGCUUCUGGCAUAAGUGAAAAGACCGAAGGUCAAAAGCCUUGCUUCACCUCUUACAGGUACCUGCCAAUUGGGCCUUUUCUUAAACUUUCCAAAACUGAUCGUGCCAUGACUACAUCAUUGAUAGAUCAGUUCCAUCUACAUAGUGCAUCAGGGGAGCUCCCUGAUGUUGGUAUUAGAAGGCCCACCAGUCCAGUGGCAAAACUAACUUUUGAUGCUUCCAGGCCAGCCCUAAUCACAAAUUCUUUCCUAUGUCCCAGCAGUGCUAAAGUGCCUUUACAUGCCCAACGGGAUAAUAAGAAGACACAGAGCCCCCAACAUGCUGGAGCAAAGUCUGCUUCUUGGAAUUCUGGUGAGAAGGGCGAUCUUGGCCAGCCCAGUGAGAUGGUUUCAGUACCGAGUCUCGGUGAUAUUGGGACAGAAAAUAUUUCCUGCAAAGCCUUUUCAUCCAGUGUAUUUCGUGGAACAGCCAAAACACAGGGCACUGCAUUACAGUUACCUAAUAAAGUUGUCAGCACCAAUUGCAGAGGAGUCCAACUAACUGAAGCUGUAAGAAGUGUCACUGGAAGCCAAGAUGCUUUGUCUGCUAGCUCCGAAACUUCUAAACCAGUCUGCCAAAAAGACAAAGUAUUUGCUAGCUGUGCUAAAACUGUGCCACCUAUUUCAUAUCUAGCACACCAAAAAGACAUUGUACCUUGCAAACUGGUUUCUGAUGUUCAUUGCCUUAAUGGUGACCCAUGUAUUUCAAGCAUUCAAAGUGCCAAUGUCUGCACCAAACGGAUUCGCACCAGCCUGACUUCAACGGGAGGUGACUCGUGUCAAUCUGUUCAAGCUCAAGAUGUGAAAAGUGAACCCCAGCUCUCUGGGAUUGGUGAGAUGACUGUCAUGGCUUCCCAGAUCUCAACUAUUCAUCUUAAUAAAGUUUCUGAUCCAGCUGUCAGCAUCCAAGACCUGAAUGUUGUGCCAGACUGUGCUGAGGAAGAGCUUCCCGAAGGCUUGGAUGAUAGCCAGGAGGAAGAGGAUGAAGAGGAUGAUGAAGAUGCAGAUGACCUCUCUAUUGCCCCCACACCAUCUACUACUUUAUCGGACAUAUCCAGGCAGUGUGCUGAUAAUAUGGAACUGGUGCCCACAGAUGCAGAUUUCAUUGUGAAACCAGCCCUGACUCCCAGUCUCUUUCCCAACAUACCUCCGACAGUUUACUUUGGCACUCAGGAUGAAAAGGUUGAGCUGCUGCCUUGGACACAACGAAAGCUGAUGAAAUGGAAAAUGAGCACUGUGACCCCAAAUAUAGUAAAACAAACUAUUGCAAGGUCUCACUUCCGUGUCACCAAAAAAAAUCAUGAUUGGUUAGGUUGCUGGGGUCAUCACAUGAAGUCUACAGCCUUCAAAACUAUCAGAGCCUACCAGAAGCUGAAUCAUUUCCCGGGGUCCUUUCAGAUUGGCAGGAAAGAUCGCCUGUGGAGAAACCUGUCAAAGAUGCAGGCUCGCUUUGGAAGGAAAGAGUUUAACUUCUUCCCCCAGUCGUUUGUUCUGUCUCAAGACAUUAAGCUGCUGAGGAAAGCCUGGGAGGAGGGUGGGACACGACAGAAAUGGAUUGUAAAGCCGCCAGCGUCGGCCAGAGGAAUGGGGAUCCAGGUUAUACACAAAUGGAGCCAGCUUCCAAAGAAGAGGCCGUUGCUGGUACAGAGAUACCUGCACAAACCCUACCUCAUCAGUGGGAGCAAGUUUGAUUUGCGAAUUUAUGUUUACGUGACGUCGUAUGACCCUCUCAGAGUGUACCUGUUUACUGAUGGCCUGGUGCGAUUUGCUAGCUGCAAGUAUUCCAUGUCCAUGAAAAGCCUGAGUAAUAAGUUUAUGCACUUGACAAACUACAGUGUGAAUAAAAAGAAUGCGGAUUACAAGGUCAACGUGGACGAAACUGCUGGUCAGGGGCACAAAUGGGCACUAAAGGUAUUGUGGACCUACCUCAACCAGAAGGGUUUCAGUAGUGACAAGCUGUGGGAGCAGAUCAAAGAAAUGGUGGUGAAGACCAUUAUUGCCUCAGAACCCUAUGUGAACAGCCUCAUGAAGAUGAAUGUGCAGAACCCAUACAGCUGCCACGAGCUGUUUGGCUUCGAUAUUAUGCUGGAUGAAAACCUGAAGCCAUGGGUUCUAGAAGUGAAUAUCUCUCCCAGUCUUCAUUCCAACUCUCCACUGGAUGUCAAUAUCAAGGGUCAGAUGAUCAAAGACCUCCUAAAUUUGUCCGGCUUCCUCCUCCCUAAUAAAGAAGACAUGAGCUCAAGUAAUGUGAGCAGCAGCAGCAGCUCCGCUACCAGUGUGUCCAGCAUUGGGAAGGAUCGCGGGCACUCAGCGGAUAUUCUGAAUGAAGAGAAGAUGAAACGAGCGCAUUACCUCAGCCUGAAGAUUCCAGAUAAGGAUCUAUAUGCCACAGUACUAGAUCAGCUGACUCCAGAGGACGUGCGAGUUCUAGUGGAGACUGAAGAUGAACUUUCGCGCUGUGGACAGUUUGAACGAAUCUUCCCAUCCCCCAUUUCCUCUCGAUAUUUACGCUUCUUUGAACAACAACGCUAUUUCAAUAUCCUCACUAACCAGUGGGAGCAGAAGUAUUUUGCCAACAGAGAGAGAGGCCGGGAUAUAUUGAGAAAAUUGUGCUUGGUAAAUUUUCACACUGGCUCUGUUCCACAUUCCCCCGUGUGGUCAACGCAGAGAUCACUUGGACAGAUUGAGACGCAUCUUAAUGGCUUCAGCAAAGCAGAUGUUACAAAACCCAGUAAAUUGCUCCCCUCAUCAGAGGAUCAACUGAACUCUUUCAAGACCUCAUCCCUUCAUCAAAGUUCUGGGGUCCACCAACACCAAGACUUCAGUGUGUUCCCCCCAUUAUCCCAAACACUGACUAAUGCUCCAGAAUCUGCCUUGGUCAUGUGAUGAGCAUUGUUUCCUUCACUUUCACCACCUUCACCCUGUAAAAAAUAAAUAAAUAAAUCUACCUCAAUUGAUAAGUUUUAGAUCUGGGCACUGACCAAUCAAUCUGUGACAAGGAUGCAGGCAGCAGUACUGUGUAGGUAUAACGCUGUGUUCCUUGUAGUAUUGCUUCUACCAGCAGCAAUGUAGACACCUCUUAAUAGAUGUAUAGUUUUCUAAAGUGGUAUUUUUUCUGUUUUUGUGGUUGGGAAAACAAUAAGUGCCUGAGGUUGAACUCCGUUUGGAAGAAAGUAUUGCAAAAACUGCUCCACUGUAGUGAUGCGGAGCUCCUCACAGUGGUUUUAGGGGUGUUUGGUCAUUGUAUUCAAAGUUCAGUGUUCUGCUAGGACCUUUAAUCAUAUGCACAAUGAGUCAAGGGGCCUUAGCGUUGGGUGUAUUACAGGAAUACUAUUGUCUGUCCUACUCUCAUGGGGAAUUGUUUUUGGGGUUUUUUUUUUGCCAAAAUAAUAUAUUAAUAAAAACAUUUGCUUAACAUU